CCAACGCUUUCUUUGUCACAAAAUGCCGUGGAUGGCUGGCGCCUCGCGAGUUUCUGUCUUGGCCGGUAACCGUCCUAUUGCUCUCUCUAGACCGGCAUGGACCCUGCAUCUACAGCAACAGUACAUACAUACAUAACUCAAGCGGCAGUGACUUAGACUGUAGAGGAAAUGCCUAGCGGUUUCGAGCAAACGCAAAUGUGCUUGUCUUAAAGAUAUGAUACAUCGAUAUUUUAGAGAAUACAUUGAGUUGAAGAGCUGGAGAAAUGCAUAGCCCAAGCGAGUGCAAGAACUUCACGCGGCAACGCAGCCAGGCGUAGCUGCCCCAGGAAAUGAUAGGGGCCGCUGCAUACGAUACGAACCGAUGUAAUGAAAGGCAGCGGCAGCCAUGGAGGCAGCCUUACGGCGCAAGGAGUGGGAGGCAUCGGAGCGCGCUAGUGGCUGCAUUGCUCUUCAUGGUGCUGUUGAUGCGCGUUGGGAGCAGCAGCGGCACCAUGGCCGGCUUGCCGCGCCAGUCGCGGAAACGCGAGGAUGUCUUGGAAGCCGUGCCAGGUGACAUGCAACGCGUGUCCGUUGUGAGCACGUACGGCCAAAGAGCGCAGAAGCCACGGAUCCACGACAGGCGGCUCUCGAAUUCGCUUGCGCCGCCGAGCCCAGAACCACCAUCGCCGGGGCCGCCCAGCCCGGAGCCGCCGAGUCCGGAGCCGCCCAGCCCGGACCCGGUGCCGCCUAGCCCGGAGCCGCCCAGCCCCGCGCCGCCAUCGCCUCCUCCCAGCCCGGAGCCGCCUUCGCCGGCGCCUCCAUCGCCGGUGCCGCCGAGCCCGGAGCCACCGUCGCCAGGGCCGCCCAGCCCGCCACCAUCUCCGGCGCCGCCUAGCCCGGAGCCGCCUAGCCCGGAGCCACCAUCGCCAGCGCCGCCCAGCCCGCCUCCUUCGCCGGAGCCGCCCAGCCCGGUGCCGCCUAGCCCGGAGCCGCCCAGCCCCGCGCCGCCAUCGCCUCCUCCCAGCCCGGAGCCGCCUUCGCCGGCGCCUCCAUCGCCAGUGCCGCCGAGCCCGGAGCCGCCGUCGCCAGGGCCGCCCAGCCCGCCACCAUCUCCGGCGCCGCCUAGCCCGGAGCCGCCGAGUCCGGAGCCGCCCAGCCCGGAGCCACCCAGCCCGCCGCCGAGCCCGGAGCCACCAUCGCCAGCGCCGCCCAGCCCGCCUCCUUCACCGGAGCCGCCCAGCCCGGUGCCGCCUAGCCCGGAGCCGCCCAGCCCCGCGCCGCCAUCGCCUCCUCCCAGCCCGGAGCCGUCUUCGCCGGCGCCUCCAUCGCCAGUGCCGCCGAGCCCGGAGCCGCCGUCGCCAGGGCCGCCCAGCCCGCCACCAUCUCCGGCGCCGCCUAGCCCGGAGCCGCCGAGUCCGGAGCCGCCCAGCCCAGCGCCACCCAGCCCGCCGCCGAGCCCGGAGCCACCAUCGCCGGAGCCGCCAAGCCCGCCUCCUUCGCCGGAGCCGCCCAGCCCGGUGCCGCCUAGCCCGGAGCCGCCCAGCCCCGCGCCGCCAUCGCCUCCUCCCAGCCCGGAGCCGCCUUCGCCGGCGCCUCCAUCGCCGGUGCCGCCGAGCCCGGAGCCGCCGUCGCCAGGGCCGCCCAGCCCGCCACCAUCUCCGGCGCCGCCGAGCCCGGAGCCGCCUAGCCCGGAGCCACCAUCGCCAGCGCCGCCCAGCCCGCCGCCGAGCCCGGAGCCACCAUCGCCAGCGCCGCCCAGCCCGGAGCCGCCCAGCCCCGCGCCGCCAUCGCCACCUCCCAGCCCGGAGCCGCCUUCGCCGGCGCCUCCAUCGCCAGUGCCGCCGAGCCCGGAGCCGCCGUCGCCAGGGCCGCCCAGCCCGCCACCAUCUCCGGCGCCGCCUAGCCCGGAGCCGCCGAGUCCGGAGCCGCCCAGCCCGGAGCCACCCAGCCCGCCGCCGAGCCCGGAGCCACCAUCGCCAGCGCCGCCCAGCCCGCCUCCUUCACCGGAGCCGCCCAGCCCGGUGCCGCCUAGCCCGGAGCCGCCCAGCCCCGCGCCGCCAUCGCCUCCUCCCAGCCCGGAGCCGUCUUCGCCGGCGCCUCCAUCGCCAGUGCCGCCGAGCCCGGAGCCGCCGUCGCCAGGGCCGCCCAGCCCGCCACCAUCUCCGGCGCCGCCUAGCCCGGAGCCGCCGAGUCCGGAGCCGCCCAGCCCAGCGCCACCCAGCCCGCCGCCGAGCCCGGAGCCACCAUCGCCGGAGCCGCCAAGCCCGCCUCCUUCGCCGGAGCCGCCCAGCCCGGUGCCGCCUAGCCCGGAGCCGCCCAGCCCCGCGCCGCCAUCGCCUCCUCCCAGCCCGGAGCCGCCUUCGCCGGCGCCUCCAUCGCCGGUGCCGCCGAGCCCGGAGCCACCGUCGCCAGGGCCGCCCAGCCCGCCACCAUCUCCGGCGCCGCCGAGCCCGGAGCCGCCUAGCCCGGAGCCACCAUCGCCAGCGCCGCCCAGCCCGCCGCCCAGCCCGGAGCCACCAUCGCCAGCGCCGCCCAGCCCGGAGCCGCCCAGCCCCGCGCCGCCAUCGCCUCCUCCCAGCCCGGAGCCGCCUUCGCCGGCGCCUCCAUCGCCAGUGCCGCCGAGCCCGGAGCCGCCGUCGCCAGGGCCGCCCAGCCCGCCACCAUCUCCGGCGCCGCCUAGCCCGGAGCCGCCGAGUCCGGAGCCGCCCAGCCCAGCGCCACCCAGCCCGCCGCCGAGCCCGGAGCCACCAUCGCCGGAGCCGCCCAGCCCGCCUCCUUCGCCGGAGCCGCCCAGCCCGGUGCCGCCUAGCCCGGAGCCGCCCAGCCCCGCGCCGCCAUCGCCUCCUCCCAGCCCGGAGCCGCCUUCGCCGGCGCCUCCAUCGCCAGCGCCGCCGAGCCCGGAGCCGCCGUCGCCAGGGCCGCCCAGCCCGCCACCAUCUCCGGCGCCGCCUAGCCCGGAGCCGCCUAGCCCGGAGCCGCCCAGCCCGGAGCCGUCCAGGGCCUCCAAGUCCAGGGCCGCCAUCCCCGGCGCCACCAUCACCAGAUCCGCCAUCCCCGGCGCCACCAUCGCCUGUACCGCCGAGUCCUGCACCAUCCAGCCCGGUCCCUCCAAGCCCGGCUCCACCCAGUCCGGAGCCACCAAGCCCGGCGCCACUUGCCCCUUCACCCCCGAGCCCGGCACCUCCGAGCCCGCUUCUACCGUUACCCCCCAGCCCGGCGCCGCCAUCGCCGGAGCCGCCCAGUCCAUCACCACCCAGUCCAGCACCGCCGAGUCCAUUACCGCCAAGCCCCCUACCUCCGAGCCCUGCUCCGCCAAGCCCUGACUCUCCGGAGCCACUCCCUCCGAGCCCAGAUC